GUAGAUAAUCCACGCGGCCUUAAAGAAAACACUGCUAUGGACAACAUUGAGAAGGCAAAUAGGGGUAAGGCGCUGGAGAUCAGUGAAAAAUGACUGUUUUUUGAUGUUGAUCUGUCAGAGUGCUGUGCAUUGGAUAUCCUGUUCCAGGCUCUAAGAUAGGAGGGAAAGCGUAUAGAGAAAAGUUGUGCGAAAACGCAGGGGAGCUGGGGAAAGACAGAUAAGUGUCUCUCUUCCCGCCGUUUUUCGCUCCUUCGCUAUUGCACUGCCCGGUCGCUUUUUUCGCUCGUCUGCACUGACCGAGAGUCUGGCACAGACUAUGCGCUGGAGUGCUUUGAGAACUAUUCACCUUAUUUGAUGAUAACUGAAUAAAGGAGAAAACUAAAAGGAGCCCUCUACACAGCGUCUUUGUGUGUUGGAGGUAACAAAUUGAAGGAUGAUAAAUUUAGACGUUUCGCAAUGCUGACUUCAUAAGGGAUUUUCUUUAACUUAUGCCAAUCAGCUGACCAAAAAAUAAACGGUUUAAAUUGCAGUGUCCAUCAGAGUUUUUGGCGCUCAACGGUAUCUUUCAUUUAAGAGGGUAUACGCUAUCCAAGUACUAGGUCUGGAUAUAUUGGAAAGAAAUAAUAGAGAGAAAGGGUACGUAGGGUGGUGUUGGGUAUAUACUACCCCCGUAGCCGACCCUAAUAUCUAGCAUUCCUUAGGACUCAGUUCUCACUUAAUUGCUGUUACCGUCGGCAACUGAACGGGUUACUUCUGAUUGUACGCCCUGAGGCAUUUUUUCGUGCUUCAGCAAAGACAUUUAUCUCCUUAUAUACGCGAGGAGCGUUGCUAACCGAGAUGAGGAACGCUGCCGCUUAGGAGGCAAAAAAGAAGUAGAAUAAAGGAAAGAAAUAGAUCCUAAUAAUGCUAGACAAAACUGAUCAUCUUUUUUAGAGGACCAUACAGAAAACACAUUUAAGAAUAUCUUCGAAGGUGACGUUGAGCUAACCGAGAGUGACAGGGAAGGCGUCGACACAAGUGACACCAAUUCUACAGACACAGCUGAAGUAGAUGUCGAUAGUGUUGUCACCAAGCGUAAAGCCAUUAGUUCGCGCCGCCAUCUUUGGAUCAGGAAAGUUAUUCCCGUUGAACUGGGUCCAGGAGCAUGUAAGGCUGAUUAUAAAGAAUAUAAAAACACCGUAGUUCAAUAAGAGAGUGAAUCACCCCGGCCUAUAGCCCACGUUCGAUAUAUUAAAAUUCUCUGACAUGACUCCGAGGCUUUCCGGUCAUUUUUCUACAUUUGGUUUGGUUUUCUUUGUGCUCAAGUCUCUUCUGGGAAUUGCAAGACAAUGGAGCAGUGAUUAAAUUGCAAUUUUGUCCCUAAAGCCUCGAGUCAUAUUAGAAUUUUAAUAUAUCGAACGUGCCCUAAUGUGGUUCCAGAGUCCGGAAAAUUUCUGCUUGUGGAAUCCGGACUCCAGGGUCUUGAAAUCUCCACAACGUUGAAUCCAUGCAGAAUCCAAGACUAAUCUUAGAUUUAGGGCAAUAAUAAUCUGACAAGUCCCGGAGAGGUGAAAACAGUAGAGCUGUAUAUGCUAGUCGGAAAGUAGUCGUUAUGAAGAGUAGGUAUUUCAUGUCCAACUUAGCGAAAAGCUGUCAUUUAAGGCUGGCACCUUUUACUUCACUAGACAAUUUCAUGUAACGUUACAGGAAAUACAUAAGUUUGUGGGAAGGAUGAGACAAAUUGGUCUGGUUGCAGAACAAUGCUAUAACUGUGAGCGUGUCCCCCCCCCCCCCCCCCCCCCCCCCCCCCCCCCCCAGCCCCCCCCAGCAAAAAAAACACUUGUGGGGGGGGCGCCGGGGAGGUUCCCCCCCCCCCCCCCCCCCCCCCCCAAGCAGCGUAUUUUAAAAAAUUUCUUUUUUUUAUCUGUUUUUUUUUUUUUGAUUUUUAUGUCAACUUUAGGAAAAACGUGUCAUUAGGAGGUGGCCCAUUUAUUUUCAUAGACAAAUUUCAUUAAACGUUAAGGAAAAACAAAAGUUUUGGGGAAGGGUGGGACAAAUUUGUGUGGUUGGCGAACAAAUCUUUACACGUGGGGGGUGCCCCCCCCCCCCCCCGGCCAAUCCCCACCCCUGAGAGCUCUCUGAAGAAACAAAUUCUCGUGGGGGUAGGCACGGAGCAUUUCCCUUCCCCCGUCCCCACCUCCGAAGAAGGUUGAUAUUAUAAAAUCAUUGCUUUGCUAACUGAUUUUUCUUGUGAUAAAUAAUAUAAUCCUUGCUUUUUCCUACUCUGCCAAAAAAUGAUCUUAAAAAGAAAACUGCACCAAAACAGAAAAAUAUACACUUACAGCUUCAUUAUAUUUUUCAAUAAUUAAAAAAUUGUUUGACUCAUCUGUUGUCACCAAUAGCAAAAGCGUGGAGCAACAUUCUAAAAGCUGUGCAAGAGAUUCAAAAGAAGUCGUGCGUUCGAUUUCGAAUGAAGAAAAAAGGGGACGAAAACUGGAUACGUUUUGUGAAGAAAAAUGGGUAAGAGCUAUGUUAAAUAAGCGGGGGGGCAGUAUGUUAAAGAGGAAUUAAGUUUAUUUUGGUUAACAUACUAAUACGAAAGACAAAUUAAGUUACACUUGCAUGAUUUUUGAUCAUGUGUUGUAAUUUGCCAAACGUUCUCGACGGGAUUGCAGCGCGUAUAAAUUUUUUUUUUUAAUUAUGUUUAUAAGGUGUUUUUCACCGGUUGGUCGUCAAUAUUUGAAGAAAGGAAUGCAGGAACUUUCAAUUGGUAAAGGCUGUAACAGCAAAGGAAUUAUAUUGCAUGAAUUAAUGCAUGCGCUCGGCUUCUGGCAUGAGCAAUCCAGAUCAGAUAGACAAAGCUAUCUUGAAGUGUUAUGGGAGAACAUAAAUCCAGGUAAGCAUAAUGUCUUAGAUGAACAUAAAAGACAAAUAUUAAUAUGAUUUUCUGAGAUUUAAACAGUUAAGCCCAACCUCCCGAAUCAUCUCUUCGUCUUUUGUAGUCCUGAUAGAACUUAAAUCUAAAAUGAUUUGAAAUAAGUAAACAUGGUUAUAUGCCAUGAUUUUCCUUGUAAAGUCCAACCCCUCUUUACGGACCCUCGCUUAAUACGGUCACUUUAAAGUAACGCUUACGUUAAACUCAAUCCGAUUAACUCACAACAACGAACAACGGCCACUUUUUCCUCGCCCAAACAUUAGAUUUUUAUAGACGUUAACCUCAGGACACUUAUUUGCCAAUAGAAUAGCUUGUUCAAGGCGUUCGGAUAGUGGAGCGUGGCGCGAAGUCCCCAACCUUCCCCCCUCCCGUUUUUUUUUUUCUGCUUACAUCUCUUUGCUCCGUCCCCACGAUCUCAAAGUCGGGAAUAGGAUAAUUUAUCAAGUGUGAGUUGUAAUAAGCCUUACGUUUUUAUGAAAGCGAGAAACCCUCAGAUCGGCAGGGUGUCGAUGUUUAAAAUGCUUCUCAGUCAGCUGAAUAAAGGCCAAUAAUGUCCUGAUUUAUUUCUUUUGUAUUUUUCCGAUAAAAGUCGUCUUUGUGACUUGAUAACAAGACACCCUUCAUACAGACACCCUGUUCAGUAAUAUACGAACACUUUCUGUGCUAGUCCCCUCAUGAUCAGUAUCCGUGAUAACUGAGUUCUUUGACCCUAAAACGCAUUUUUGAAUCUGAGAGAAAACAUAUAAGAUAAUGGAGCGGGUUUGGUUAAUAUAAAUUUUUACUUUACCUGAGCCAUUAACAAGCAUUUAUUAGCAGGCUGGCUUUGGAGCCUACAGUACUGCAGCUACACUAACUGUAAGCAGUGGAAAACUGGUAUAAUGAAGGCAGACACAAAGAGAUCUAGACAAAAUAUUUCCAUUGGCUCUACGCUAACAAAAAACGUUAAAUAGUUUUGGCGUACUUUGACUUCUGUUUAACACCACUCUCUUUACACAGGCCAAAUACAUAAUUUUAACCGCUACAAAAAGAAGAAUUUGGACUUCUUUGGGGGAUCGUAUGAUUUUUCUAGCAUCAUGCAUUAUGGAAACUAUGCGUUUAGCAAGAAUAAAAGACCAACAAUGUUGUCUGUCAAGAAUCCGCUCCUCCAGUUUGGACAAAUUGCAAAGUUGAGCCCAACAGAUGUUCUUCAACUAAAUGCUCUGUACGACUGCAGAGACUGUGAGUAUUUGUACCCUGGUCUCAGUCAUUAACUUUGUAACUGUUCCUGUGAAAGGACCCAGAGGAGAUGGGUACGACAAGAUUUAUACUGAAUUAGCUUUAGAUACAGUCAAACCUCUUGUAAGCAACCACACAAAAUGCGAAGAUUUAAAGAGGUCGCUUACGGCGUCCUUACAGGAGUUGGUCCCAAAAAGAAUCACAGGGGGCAGGAGCGCAGGGGGUCUUUACCGAGAAGGAAAGGGAAUGUGAGAACAUAUCUACUUUUUGGAAAAGAAUUCGUUACAUGCAACAUUUAGUUACGAUAUGUGUAGUUUUUAUUGUCACUGGCAGACUCUGAGUAGUGGAGUACAUUACAAAUAGAGAUCAAACCUUGAGUCGACAUGAUGUCUUACAAGAGGUAAAAACAACGGACAUUCGUCCAAAAAGCUUACUAGAGCUGAUCGUUAAGUUUACGAGAGGUUCAGACUGUAUCUAAGACUGCAAAACGGUCGGUUUUUUUCUCAAAAUCAGUAAAGAAAUCGGUUAAGAGCGGCGUAACAGUCUUACGCGCGCGAAGCGCACGAGCCUCACACGCCCAUAGGGCUUGUGAGGCGAGAGAAAUUAGCGUCUCUCCCCAGUCUUGCUCUCUGUUUUCAGCCUCGUUCCAGACCUUUCGUUUGACUGCUCGCGCGUACUUGAAUACGCAAAAAUACGGACUGUUUUGCAGUCCAGACUGUAUCGAAACUGCAGUGGUGGUCAAUUUUCGGAGGUGGUGGUCGCACAUGGUGAUUCGACUGUAUUUCUCGGCUUUACUAAAAUUGUUAAUGCCAGAAAAGAAUCUGCUGAAGUUUAAAGUUUUUAUGAGAAUACACCCGAAAAAUGUAACCUGUCCUGAUAAAAAGUCCGAUGAGUUGUUAUUUGUGCCUAGAAAAGAAAGUAUUUCAGGCACAACUUUCCUUUGAUUGUUAGCAAUUACCUUGCCUAGAAAGUGAAUUUAACUGGACAAUUACUAACCAAUCAAUAAGCGCCAUCAUGACAAAGAUGGCGUUAUUUCAGUGUGUAAACUGAAGCUGUCCGUAAAGAAUUCCCGAAUUUAGUAAUAUGCAAAUAUGGGUAUGUGCCGCCCCAAAGGGGUAUGGUUUGUUUUUCUGCGCCGUUUCGGUCUGAAAACAGGUAUACACUUUGCCAGGAGCCCACUUUGCCUAUUUUGGUCUGGAAUCGGUUGUGGUGUUCCAGGGAACAACAGGAGUGUACGAACCUACUAUUCUUAGUUUCAAUUCCAAAUGACUAAGAAAUAAGGAGUAACUAAAAAGGAAUUCUAAUUUUAUCUUGCGUUCUAAUCUAAGUAACAACAACAAAAUUCCUGGGAGACCAGGUCUGAAAAUGAGUGUGGAUUUUAGAGGCCAGGUCUGAAAACGAAUGUGGAAAAUGCCAUGUUUUGGUCUGAAAUAAGGUGAGUAUUUGGAGAGCCGGGCGACACAUCCCCACCUAGAAUUCCUUGGAGAACCCUCCCGGGACGCGGCGGUACCUAUGUCCUGUAAGUAACAACGGAUGAAUGCUUCUUCCCUUAUAGUCCCUUUAGGAAGGCCAUAAAAUUUAAUUUUUUUUUCUCUCGCAGCCAAAAAACAAGGGUGGAGUAGCUGGGGAAACUGGAGUCCCUGUGACACAAAUUGUACAAAGGAAAGAGAAAGAUUCUGUUCUGCAGAUAAUAUUAAAAAGUGUCCAGGAGCCGACAGAGAUCGCAUUCAAAUUCAAAAGUCCAAAUGUCCAAACAAAGAAUGUUAUGGUAAGUAAGCGAUGGGCAAGAUAUGUUACUGAUAAACUGUCUUUUUUUGCAAUGAUCGAACCGGUCACUGAGCUUUAGCCACAAUAAAAAUAUUGAAAAUCAAAUGAGGACUUCGACUGCUGUUAAUAACCUAUUAUUGCUUUUAAUAGCAUUUAAAGGCUUCUGUCAUUAGAUUUUCAAUGUAAUUGUUAUUUUUAUAUAUCCUACUAAAGAACAACACACAAAGAAUUAGAGGGCCAAAUAUUUAAACGUAGUUUAGCCAGUGUUUAACAAAAAAGUCAUUUUUAAUUUGCCUAACGAUUUGCUUAACGAUUUUAUUGUGAACAUUUUUAUGAAAGCAGAUAGAGAAGACUAGAAAAGCAUUUAUCUUCUUAAAACCACCCACCAAAGAAGAGAUCUGGAGGUUCAAAGAUUCGUUAAACCGCGGCUAAAGUUAGACCUCGUUUAAAUAUUUGGCCCUCAUUUUGGGUGACACAUGCCGACCGCAAGUGGGGCGUUUUUCCGUUUAAUAUAUCUCGAGGCUUCCAAAUUCGUAAUGCUAAGGGUCUUUGCCCUUCUAGAGACGGACUUGACCAAAAAUGAAAGCCAAACAACCGGCGAAUAUUGCAAAAAGUCUAUGACUUCAGGUUGACGUUCGUCGCUCAAAAACUUCUUUACUUGAACUCCCCAUUUAGCCUGUUCCAGGCUCCAAGAUAGUGGUGAAAAGUCGUUCAGUAAAAAGGUAUUAAAAAGAAUUGCGAAAAACGCGCGGAGGCUGGGAAGAGACAGAGCGCCGCCCCCGCCCCCACCCCCCCCUCCGCACCUUUCCCAAGUCUCGCGCGUCAUAUUUUCGCUUUCCUCGUUUUAAUACGUCCCACUAUACUAUCUGAGAGCCUUGCAUAAGCUACUCCCCAUUACACUCAUGGAACAUCUCCUUUUGGACUCCUUUAUUUAUUAUCUCUAUUCAGGAGACACAACAUUUGGUCCUGAAAAAAUGUUCACAAACCUUUGUAUUUGUUACCUCUUUUGAAGGGACAUGUCCUCUAUUCAGGGGACACUUAGUCCCGCAGGUUUCCCCUGAAAAGAGCUUCCUCUGUACAGGCUGGCAAGAAAGUCUCAAGAAAACAAAAUUAAUCAAAAAUACUAAUUGUUCCUGAACCAGCAAUUAGGCACAAAGAGUACGGUAGCUGACAAUUGAAAUUGAGCGAAUUUGAUUUGAAAAUUACGGAAGACGUGGCGUCGAUCACCGUAGUUAAUUUGCUUCUUGUUUACUCCUUGGUAGAUAUUGGGUUUUCAUAAAAUUCAUUUACUUAUUUAUUUCAAAUCUAGUUCCAAUUGAUGGUCAUUGGGGUAGGUGGGGUCCAUGGAGUAAAUGCUCUCGAAAUUGUGGUCAAGGAUAUCAAUACCAGUCACGCAAGUGUGACGAUCCUAAGCCUCAAUAUGGUGGCAAGUACUGCAGUGGUCCGCUAGUAAAGAUACGACCUUGUACGCUGAGGAAAAGUUGUAAGUGACUAUUCAACAAUUUUUCCUCGAGCCGGAAUGGGCUCUGAGUCAAUAGCCCAUGAGGCCGAAGGCCGAAUGGGCUAUUGACUCAGAGGAUUUUACUAAUUGUUUUAGUAAAAUCCAACUAGUUGGUCAAAAAUAUCGAGAAUGAAAAAAUUUUAGCUAGUUAAAGCUAGACUUUAAUCACUUUUUUUGUCGCCAAAACGCACGCGCUUUUCGCUACUAAUAGGCUAUAACACAUAGCCUAGUAGUAGCUCAACCAAUCAGAACUCAGCAUUGAUAAUGGACCACUAGUUGGAUUUUACUAAAGCUGUAUACUAACACUUAACUAUAACUAUGUACUGUUUUAGCAGCCAACUUUGACACCAAUGAAAAAUAUGCAGUUGUCUUUGUCUGGUGUGUUUGGGAAACGAACGUUGUUUUGCGCCUGGUCACUAUAACAACAUGUGCAUCAAAACGCUAGGCGCCACAUUUUUUUUUUCACAUUAUGUUUUCGCAGAAUGUAAGCUGUUUUGUUGGUUUUUUCCCUUUAUUUCUAAUUUACCUCGAAGUUCAUUUGUAGUUUUCCUUUUUACAUUUCUUUUAUUGUAGUUUUCACCAUCACUGUGCAUGGCUAUAUGCCUGAACUGUUUCAUGCGAAAGAAAAAUAAAUUUUUCUGAGUUGAAGCUCAAUAAUACUUGUCAAAUUAACUGAACCACCGCAGUAAGGUGAUUCCGGCUUCAUAAGUAAAAUCGCUAAAGAUUAUAUGUUCAGACAACCUCUUAAAAACUCUUGACUUAAUAAACUUCAUUUAUUGCCAAAAACGACGAUUUAUACUAACAGUUAUGACUCUGUGAAAUUAUCAGCUCUAUCUAGGCUAGUGUUAGACCUCGAGCAGCCUCUCUUUUUCUUCAGAUUUAGUAAGGGGAGUGCUCGCGCGCGCGAGCGUUGAGCGGCGAAGCCGCGAGACGCGAGAAACAAGGGUGCGUGGUCAUUUGCGUGUCUCGGGUGUUUGCUCAACGGACAAAGAAAAAAGAGAGACUGCUCGUAGUCUAGGCUAGUGUGUACUGCAAUACUAGUAUCAUCCCUUGAUGAUUAUAUCAAGUAGUUGACUCAAUUCAUUACAACAGGUAAAUGGCGAAGAAAACGAAUUACACUGAUUACUGGACAGGACAGAAAGUCGGCAGUUAACAAGCCAAUGCCUGAGAAACUCAAGUUGCAUAGCAACCGACCGAAUACUGGACGAAAGUCAAGUUAACUGCAAAGAACAGCUGAAACGUUUAUAUAAGUCUUCAGGCUCUUUUGAAGCAGAACUUUUCGUCGGAGAUUAACAUGGUAUAACAGGAAUGAGGCUUGUACCAAGCUCUCCACAUUGGGGAUUCAAAACAGGAUCAAGUUUGAGUACCGACCUAUUACAUCACAUAAUUUAUUCUAUUCUCUGUUAGACAGAGUUUUAAUUAACUGCCGGCUCUGGCUCUGGUAGCCAAACGAAUCUUUUUUUAAAAAAAACUGGGCAAAGAACUUUCUUUGGACGUCUUGUUAAUUUUUUUCAACGUUUGAUACGUUGUCAAAUACCUUUUUUUUAACUGAUUUCUGAGUGAGCGUUCGAAACAAAAAAUACGAAUUUCUCGUAUUUGUCACAAUAGUUUUGCUAGGGGGCGAGACUUUUAUAGCCGGAGAAGUGUCGAGAAAUACCUCUGUGUAUUGGCAAAUACAAGCUUGAAAUCUACAACGAAAAGCACUUGUUCUCACUGACUCUUAACACAGAAGCUGUUAGAUUUCUCCUUUUUCCGAAUCAUUUUGCACAGUCUUGGUAUGGUAUGGUGGUUGACUGCCGAUUUCCCGAUUAUACAGUCCACCAUGGCUGGUGUAAUUAUGAUAAAAUUUCGACCCUGCUAGACAGCCUCUAGUAGCUCAGUGGUUAGAGCAUACGAAGUAGAGCUAGGAGGGUCGUAUAAGUUAUGGUGUUAGAUUUCUCCUUCUUCCAAAUUAUGAAGAGUGCCAGGAAUGGGUACUUUUUGAAAUUUGGGAUGGCAGUGUGCUGCUGGAACGUGGUAACCCUUAGCCUACAACCGAGGCCAGACCCUGUUCAACUGCAAUUUUGCAACUUUGUUCUAACUAACUUUGUUCUAAACUAUACAUCAAAUAUCCUAUCCUCCAUAGCUGGCGGUUUGUUUGGCCUCCCAAGUGGGGGGAAAAAAGUUGAGAAAAGGCGCACGAAGCGCGCACGAAAGAGGAAAUACAGCCUUCACCGUACCCUCUGAUUUUUUCCCCAUAUCGGACUAAACUGUUCAAAAACCCUAUCCCUUACAGCUGAGCAUAAAUUUUAAUUAAUUCAUUUUUAUAUUUUAAUAUUAUUUUUAUUAUUUGAAUUUCAACUAGAAAAAAGUCACCAACCGGCGUUGUCCCUUACGGUUCAUUUCAUGCCAUUUAACCUUCUGAUUUCGUCCCGUUAGAGCAGCAACCGCCCAGAAUUUCAGUUAGUGAAUUUCCUGGGCGCGAUCCGUUCAACCAAAAUUUCCGGAAAUUUCGGUCCAAAACUCAAUGGAUCGGUUCGGUCCAACCGGAAAAGUUUCGAAAAAACUGGUCCACCUUUUGAGGUGGUCCUCUUUUCCCGGUCGGACCGGUCUGGAUUUUGGUUCAAUGGAUCGCGCCCCCCAUUAAGCCUACGGAGAGACCAGGGACCCGUUUCUCGAAAGUCCCGGUAACUUUUCGGGCCCGAAAUCAAAUAUUCAAAUCGAAAUAUAAAGAAUAAGACCGCGGAUCCUGGCUAGCAAACUACUCCAUUUUGUUUCAUUAACUGAUAGUUUUAUCAUGUUAGAUGCAAAACUAUUGAAACCUCGAUCUUUAAUGUAAACGGGGACAGCUUACCGGGCCCGUUAAUUAUCGGGACUUCCGAGAAACGGCCCCCAGGAGUCAAGCGGGCACCAACUUAACGCUGCAAUCAGGUCACUAGAGAUAUGAAGCUACGGAAACUAGGUAACAAUGCGGCCGCAUCACGGAAGAACCGACUAAGGGUGCUCUCGAUCAAUCAUAUUCUGGAAUAGCAAUACGCAAAACUUUUGUUGCAAACCUCCAAUGCCGUAAUUUGUUGAACCACUUAUAAGCUACAUACAGCGGAAUGUUUUCUUCCAAGCAGAUUUUUCUAGAUGAUGCAAUGAAAUGAACGCCAUAAUAUUGUGAUAUCUAGGGUUAAUGCCAUUUGACUAUUUAUUCUUAUGUACAGUGACAGAGAAGUGGCUUCAAUACCUGGUUACAGUCGUUACAGCUAAAAGGCACAAAGGACUGGUCGGUAAUUUUUUUAAAUUAAGCUUUAAAUUGCAGUACCAUCAGUAAUAACUAGUCAUCAGGCUUUUCUUUCUCCUAAGAACACUUGAUAAGGUCAUUGAUUGACUAUGAAAUUCACUUAUCUGGGUGGAAUGUUAAUAGUUUCAGGCGUUUUUGAACUACAGUGAACCUGUUGUAGGAACAGUUAACGAGAAUCGUUCUUAACGCUUGAGUGAAACCAAUAUUCAAGCUAAUUCAUAUUUAAUUUGGCGUAGCCGGUAAAAGCAUGGCAUAAAAGUCGGAGUAUUACAACAAAACAUAGAGUAACAGUAGUUUAGAAGUUGAACGUUUACUUUUCAAUAUACACAUCGGCAAGUGAAGCAUUUGUCGUCUUGAUCACCCGAUUAAACUGUAAGUAAAUCGUCUUGCCAGACAUUUUAUUCAUACCACAUUUUAUUAACGGUUAACCUGUAAAUCUCUUUUUCUUUGAGGUGAUAUAUACUUUCACAGCACAUAUAUUUUUGCAUGAAACUUAUAGGCUUAUACAUCUUAUAUUUCACUGGGCAGAAUUUAUUGGCUUGAAAUAUGAUUCUAUUCACACUUGUUCUCGUAAUGAGCGUGGAAUUUGAAUUCACCGACUCGAUUCCGUGGAAAGAGGCUGUCAAUGAAGACGGUAAAUAUGUGACUCUUUCUCUAUUUAAUAUGCUGGACAAACAGCUUAAUGAACACUUUGUUUUAAUAUUUGUUGUCGGAAACGGUUAAUCAUUUUAUUGUGUCUACCUGCUAGUUAAGUCUUCUUUCGCUCCAAAACUGAUGAUUUAACUGCGGGGCGCUUGGAUUGUAAUCUUCAGUAAUUACACUAGCGAGCUACUAAUAAAUUUAGCGACAGGGCAGCAACCUGGAUGAAAAUCUUAGGAUCAUAUUCUAACAGUUUCUGCAUAUCAUGGUUUAUCGUUGCAUUGUACCCUUUCAGAGGGUUUUCAUAGGUUAGGAAAAGUCGUUUCUGCCGGUCUCUCGCCCCAUAUUCGACUUCUUAUUCAACUUCAGUAACUCCUGACCUGUAACCAUUAGUGAAGUUCUUCAUAUUAAGAAAAGUGUCAAAAUCUCAAUUUAGCCUCUCAAACAAGAAUUGAAAGCUCAAGAAUGUCUAUGUCGGUAAGCAAGUCUUAGGAAACAGAAAAAUCAAAUGCAAAGGAUCGGAUUGUCUUCAAUUUUGGACCUCUGGAUUUUGGAAUGUGUACGGCUGAUCAUUUCCAUUGUAAAUUCGCAUCACUGCAGUUGAAAUUCAGUUUAAUUCAGUUUAAUUUAUGAAUCCAAUUCAACAACUUUUAGAUAACAAUAAUCAUAAUUUGCUCCAAGUAAACUGGUUUAGGCUAGAAACUGGAAAACAAAAAAUAUAAUUAAAGAAACAGAUUUAAACUGAAAAUAUGUGAUGGGAAAUAAUCGAGACAUGUGUAACAAGUGGCGACAAGACCUCAGCUGAAAGGUUUUGAUUUGUAAGGAUUCCCUUUCUUGAUAUAUAAGUCACUUAAGUCAUAGUUAAUGGAGGUGACUGGUUAUGAAGCCCGGCAAACAUCAAAGGAGCAAACAAAGAUGCCAAGAUUUAUGUUAGAAGGUCCACGACCCUGCACAAUCUUUUGUUUUGCGUUCAUACGUUAUGCAUGAAUUACGUAACCAGCACGUUUCUAUUGGUUAGUUCCUCAGUACGGAGUAAACAACUAUUGUGUUUUGUGCAGGGUCAAGGCCAAAAAAGAGAACAAAAACAUACAACAAAGAACUUUGUCGGGUUUCAUAACCAUUCCCUCUAUUAACUAUGCUUAAGUCAAAAGUAUAUUGAGUUUGAUCGUCCUGGUGAACGUAGUCCUGAAUAGGACUGUUGUUGUUUACAGUGAUUGACGUUUCGACAACCUGUGCGGUAGUCAUCUUCAGAGUCAAAAGCAUGGGGUUGUAUCACAUCAAUUUCAGUCACUUAGGCACAGUUCAUGGACAUGACGUGUCGUCUUCACCAGUCAUCUUAAUUGUUUUAACCCUCGGACGUACACGAAAAGUCAUACCCCCACAGUGGUACAAGGUGGGGGAGGGGGUCGAAAGACCCCCCCUUGGGUUUUCGAUAUGUUGCAAUAUUUCGAAACGAUUUUGCCUUCAGUGGAAAGCCUUUGAUCUUCUCUACAAGAUGAACUAUUCUGGUGGCCAUCUUGGAUUUUAUCAAAAAUUAGAAAUCAGGUAAAAACAGUCGACAGAAUUAAUACUUUUUUUUUGCACUUUACGUUUGAAAUAACACAUAAAUAAUUACUUUGCACCAUUUCAUCCACAAGUUUUUUAUUGUUGAAAUAAGUUGAAAGAACAUGCAUUUUCACUCAAAAAUGGCCUGACCACCUGCAACUUAUGACGUCUUAUCUUGUAACCAUAGUAACUGACCAUCACUAAACUUUGUCUUUAAAUGCGCGCAAAAAUAAACAAACAUCCACAGAAAACUUCAGGUGCUGAUGUUUUUUCUUCUAGGAAAAAAUCAGAAAAACCUUAGGGGGGUGUCAACCACCCCCCAACCCCCUCCCCCCGCCACCUCUUUACGUCCGAGGUAGCUUCAGAAAAAUGCAUAGCACAGUUGAUAGCAUCUUCACAUCAAAAAUGCUUAUUGACAAGUACGUGAAAUCUAAACCGCAGAAGCUCCGAAAACCAACGUGUUUAAAAAUCAACUCUCACGAGUAGAGGCGAGAUGCACCUCGCUUCUCCUUGCGGGUGGCGGUUUGCACUCUCACUCCACUAUCCCUAAGGAAAACGAGAGACUAUUUGUACUUUACCAUAAAGGUUGUUCUUUGUUCUUUGGGCUAUCGUAGCUUAAAAAUAAAACACAAACAGCGGUGAUAAACAUUGCGAACUUUCGCUUUUUAUAUAAACUUUACAUUUCGUAUGCUAGUCAAGAUACAUCUUUAGAAGUGAUCUGAAGUGACCGUUACAGAUUUGGCAAAAAAGGAUUAUUAACAACAAUGUUGGUUAUAUUUUAUGGGCAAAACAAGAAAGAAGUUAUUUAAGUUUAUUGAAUUACUGACGGCUGGCGUUGAAAUAUGUUUUUGGCAUUUCUUUAUAUUUUUGCUAUCAAAUGUAAUGUGUUUUUUUAAUAGAUAACCCACGUGGCCUAAAAGACAACACUAUUAUGGAUAAAAUUGAAGAAGCAAAUGAGGGUAAGAUUCUAGUGACAAAAACAACAAGGUUCCAAUGCUGUUGCUUGCAAGUUCUCCAUUUAUGGCGAGAGAAGGGCGAACCGCGAGAGAACGCGCGAGUGAGGGGCAAACCCGCGAGGUACGCGAAGGUGGCUUCUCGCGACUCCCCCAAAUGGAGAGAUUUGAUCGCAGGCUAACGCCUCUUACACUUGGGCUCUGCAGGACUUAUCACAAUGGUCCCCUCGCAGCAAUCUUUAAUUUGUCCCCAGGGCUAAGGGAAAGCCUUGGGAACGAGGUUGUCCGUUUCAAUGAUGUCACGCAACGCCCCUCCUCACAACGUGACGACACUAAAACUGCUAAAACGGCUGCGAGGAAAGGAGGGAGGGAGACUAAAAGCUAACUUGACUUUAUAAUAAAUCAGCUGCGCUAAAAAGUCAUGUCUGUUUUCUGCUCUUUGAUUGAACAUUGCUUUUCUCAGUUAAAAGCCGUCGCUAGAUAGACUUGUUAUCUCGACCCAAGCACCGAGACACCCUCUGAGUGCAAGCAUUGAGGCCUUUUAAUAAUUGACUAUUUUCCAAUUCCCCAUAAUACACUCUGUCUGCCCCCCCAAAUUUUGCAUAACUUAUUGUCUUAAAAUGCUCUUGGGAAAAUGCAAUACUCCCAGGAGCAUUUAAAAACAAUGGUUUAUGCAAAAUUUGGGGGGCAAACAGAGUGUAUUAUGGGGAAUUGGAAAAUAGAGAAUGGGCUUUUUAGGGAUAGUGAAACAAAUAAUUUAAAUGGAACAUAAUAUGGCUAAAAAUUCCCAACUGGUAGGAGGCGAACUAGCUGGCUAUUUCAUAAGCUUGGCAGAGGAUUUGAUCUUGGGACUAUUGAGAACAAAUCCAGCUGACGGUCAUGGCAGACUUGAACUCGGGCCUCCGAAUGACAAGUCCAUCACUCUUACCACUCGGCCACGGCAAUGAAAUAAAUAAAAGCAAGAAAAAAAAAUUCCUAAUCAAGCUAGACAAACUGAUCAUCACUUUUCUACUUUUGUUCCCAGAGGACCACGUAGAAAAGAAAUUCAAGAAUAUUUUCGAAGGUGACAUUCAGCUGACCCCGAGUGACAAGGAUGGUGUCGACACAAGUAACACCAAUUCUGCAGACACAGCUGAAGUAGAUGUAGAUAGCGUUGUCACCAAGCGUAAAGCCAUUAGUUCUCGCCGCCAUCUUUGGGUCAGGAAAGUGGUUCCCGUUGAACUGGGUCCGGGAGCAUGUAAGGCUACCUGAAAUAAAUUUUUAAUUUCCAACUUUGUUCCCUAUUUCUCUUCUUCCCGCGCCCCGCUUCGCUCCAAAAGAAGAGAGAUUCUAAAACCGAGGAUAUUCAAACUCUGUACAAAAAUAUUUCUCCUCGAACCCUGAUUCAAACUGACAUCAACGUAACAAUAAACUUGAAAGUCUUACUAGAGGAAUGAUCGCUGUGAAGGGGGGUGACAUUUAAAGACGGCAGGAGUCGAAUCUAUGCCCUUAUGAUUUCUAGUUCAGAUCAGUCUACCACUGAGCUACAGAAAACUCGUGGAAGCUAAGGCCAAUAAACUAGUAGCUGAUUUGUUACUCAGUUUCAAAUUUUUAAUCUUUCCUUGAAAAAUACGCACUAACAAAUAAAGGAAAGAGACUCAGAUAGAACUUUAUUGUUAUGGUUAUACUAUAAAUGAUCGAGCAAAAGGGUUUGACUUGUACUAAACUUGUAUGUUUAUCAUUACACAUAGCGAGGGCUUGGAAUAAUAUUUUAAAAGCUGUGGACGAAAUUCAAAAGAAGUCAUGCGUUAAAUUCCGAAUGAAGAAAGACGGCGACGAACAUUGGAUACGUUUUGUAAAGAAAAGUGGGUAAGAACACUUGGACGUGAUGUCUACCUAGAGAAAACGUCUGAGGCCCGUUUUCUUGAUUUAUUUAGACAUAAAAACAAAGGUAGGAUGAAAAAAGAUAAUUAGUUAAUGUAACUGUUUUUGCUUUUUUUCUCAAAACAAUGGAUGCCAUAUUUGCUGAAAACGCCCCGUGCAACAAAAGCAACUCGCGGCGGUAAUGAUCUUCACCGCCCAUGCGCUUUCUAACGAGAUCUCUCAGGCAAUUGCGGAGGUAAAACUGUGUGAAAAAUUGCGCCACCGGUCAGUAACACCUGUUUGAGAUCAAAAAACAAAAACAAAUAAUUUUUUUUCGUAAAACGUGUUGCAUAUAUGUGAAAGUACCAACCCUAGCUUUAAGCCUGUUUUGCUUAGGUUUUGCCAAUUGUUUUCGUUGUCGUCUUCAUGAGUGCAUGAUUUUUUAGUUGACAUGUAUCUUUAAAAAUUAAAUUGCUAAAAAAAUUAUAAUGGCUUGGAAGGGGGUCUACCCGGAAAAAUUGUUAACUAAAAUGAUUUCUUCAAAACUGAGAUUAUAUUGAGAAUGUGAAUAUUCUCAUAUUGAAGAAGAUUCAGGUCUCUAGCGUAGCCAUGUAAAGUUUCAAGUAAACGUAAAUACUCAGUACUUUUUGACAUUCGUCUUCUUCUGUUAUUUCAUAUGGUGACAAAAUAUGAUAUUCCAGAACAAAACGUUUAAACGUAUAAAUUGGAAUCAUCAUCUUCAACUACAACAACAACUUCGUUUUUAAAAGAACAAUGUAAAUUUUUUGAACAAAUGGAUGCCUCCCUCCCCCGGCUCGUUAAGCUAUAAAUUGUUAGAGGAGUAAGCAGAAUAAAAAUUUAGCUAAAAAGGGGAAAAACUACAGUAGUAUUAUGUCGAAGUAUACAGUCUGAGUUUGUAUAAAUUUAUUAGUGAAUUCAACUAUAACAAAAAGUACGACUGAUAUGCGUCACUGACCAAGCACAAGUUAAACGGGUGAUAAUGGAUAUUGGCGAGGCUCUGCUUUUUCUCUUUUUGCGUUUUUUUUGGACCGAGUUAAAGCCGAUGUAAUCAUGAUGGUUUUAAGGGUACUAAUCCGUUAGUUAGCAGGAAGAGGCGGAUCUUGGAUGCUUAUGUGUGAUCACGUGGCCUGUGUCAGGCUCUCAGAUAGUAUGGUGGGUACGUACUUAAAUCGAGCACUAUCUCGGAGCCUGGAACAGGCUAUAGUGAUUACGUAUAGCUACGCGUAGUGAUUAGGCUAGUAAUCACGUAGACUACGUCUUCCUUUCUCAUUUUUUAAGGUGCAACUCGCCCGUUGGCCGUCAAUAUUUGAAGAAAGGGAUGCAGGAAUUGUCAAUUGGUGAUGGUUGUAACGAGAAAGGAAUCAUUUUGCACGAAUUGUUGCAUGCGCUUGGCUUCUGGCAUGAACAAUCCAGAUCAGACAGAGAUGACUAUCUUCAAGUUUUGUGGGAGAACAUCGAUCCACGUAAGCCCAUAUGAAUAUGAAUUGAACAUGAAAUACAAAUAUUUGUUUGAUUUUAGGGAUGAACCACAUCCCCGAGGUGGCUCUUUGCACUUGUUGUAGCCUCGAUAGAAUUCGAAUUUAAAAUGAUCUGAAAAUAAAUAAAUAAAUAAACUGAAAAAACGAAGAGGGCAAAAGCAGAGUAGUCGGAUAAAAACCUCUUAGAAAGAGGGCGGAAGGAAAUAACAAACUCGACACACUGGCUUCGAUCGUCUUAGGCAUUCGAGCCCUAGGCCACUUUGGUCGGAGACGACUGCUCUCACCACUGCCGGCGUCACUCCCAGGUUACUGGAUCGAAUACCGAGUUGAAUCUAGCCACCUCCAUUGCGAUUUUUCUCAGACUACCAAUCAUUGCCAUCUCUCAGACCAGAUGUUAGUUCUUUUCAAGAAAACCUGUACUUUUAGGUCGUAAUAUAAUGGUAUCAGAUCCAGGAAGGAGGGAAACUUCGGUUUGUUUUAGCUAAAGAAAAGGGACAGGGCUCCAAAUAACAUUAACAGCAGUGAAAUAAUGUUCUCCUGACCCUUUACGACUUUUCUUUCUACACAGAACAGUUACAUAAUUUCAACCGCUACAGAAAGAAAGACAUGGAUUUCUAUGGGGGAUCGUACGAUUUUACAAGUAUCAUGCAUUAUGGAAACUAUGCGUUUAGCAAGAAUAAAAGACCAACAAUGUUGUCUGUCAAGGAUCCGCUGCUUCAGUUCGGGCAAAUUGCAAAACUAAGUCCAACAGAUAUUCUUCAACUGAAUGCUCUCUACGACUGCAGAAGUAAGUAUUCGUACUCAGGUCUAAUCAUAACUUCCAACACUGACUGUAAGAUAUCUGGGUUCUAGAGAACGAUUAGAUUACAGAGCGUUGUCACUAACGUGGUCAGUACGGUGAUUAUGCAAAUUUAUUGGAGCAAAGUUCGUAAGAGUUCUUGCAAAGGAUUGGUUUGGAACACCAACAUGAUGGCCUCGACGUUAUGUGAAAACCCUUUAUGAUAGAUGAGGCUUUGUAAUUAAGGCCGGUAAAUUUGAAUUCAUUAUUUUAUAAAGGGGUGUAGAUGAAUGUUUCAGCAUGAGCUUGAAAUAAUUUCUUUAAAAAAUUAAAAAAGGAUGGAUGAAUUUAACAGAAAAAGAAAUAAGGACAAAUCUUGAAAAAAAUGCAAUAAGGAGAAAGCUAAUAAAAAAUGCAGUCUCUUGCGACUAUAUCUUGCGAGAAACGUAUGCCAUUAUCCAUAUUUGUCUCUUCCAGCUAAAAAAAGAGGCUGGAGUAAUUGGGGAAACUGGAGUCCUUGCGACAAGAAUUGUACAAAGGAAAGAGAAAGAUUCUGUUCUGCAGAUGAUAUUGAAAAAUGUCCAGGAGCUGACGGAGAUCGUAUUGAACUACAAAAGGCCAAAUGUCCAAUGGAUGAAUGCUAUGGUAAAUAAACCAUUAAGUGCAAUCAAAAUUUAGAAAUCGAUGUGGUCCGCCAGGUAUUAUAUAGACACAUAUAAGGGAAUAUAAGGGAAUACAAGACAGUCUUGGAUUCCGGAUUACAGAUACUGGAUUCCGGAUUUUUUGUCGGUGGAACUUGGAUUCUGGAUUCUAUUCCGGAUUCCACAAGCAAAAAUUUCCCGGAUUUCGGUAUCCGGACUUCCCUUAUAUGGGGCGACAAGCCCAAACAUCUUUUGAACGUACCAAAAUUUGAAUCUGACUCAGGCUUUAAAAGAAACUAGUUGAGUACAAAAAUACAAAAUAUUGGAAUAAAUACAAAAAUGAUAAACUGGCAAAGAGAGCCCUGACCUACCACGAGGCUUUAUAAGGCCUGGGCUCCCUAGAGACUAACAAAAAAACAGAAACAGAAAAUAACAAAAGUACUAACUCGCGGAUUUUUUUUUUCCAGUUAAAUCAAUCAUAUACUUAUUAAAAAUAAGUUUUAAAAUGGGUGUAAUGAAAAAAGUUUUCGGCAACUGAUUUAUAUUCUGAUUUCGCAAUGUUUGUUUGUUAUUCUUCUUCUUCUUCUUCUUUUUUUUUUUUCUCUUUUUUUUUUUCAAAUCUAGUUCCAAUUAAUGGUCAUUGGGGUAGGUGGGGUCCAUGGGGUAAAUGCUCCCGAAAUUGUGGUCAAGGUUAUCAAACCCAGUCCCGGACUUGUGACGAUCCAAAACCUGAAUACGGUGGCAAGUACUGUAAAGGACCUCUGGUCAGGAUACGACCUUGUAUGAUGAGGAAACAAUGUAAGUAA